AUGACUCAUGGUAUUAUGAUUUGUAAUUUAGUACUUUAUUUUGGAGUAGGAGAUUUUGCUUUAUAGAUGUAGACAAUAAUGAAUAAUAAUUAGAAGUAAUUUGUUAAAUAGUUAUUCAGAUUGUAAAGAAUAGUGUUCCCAUAAAAUAAAUAUUCUAGAGAUCCAUCUAAAGCCACAAAAAGAGGAGAACAAGAAUUAUGUUUUAUAAGUGUUAUUUGUUGCGAAUAAAACACCUUUCUGAUAGAUACAUAAUAUGAUCUUUGGGCAUUUGGGAAUUCUCAAUUUGCCUAAUUAGGUUUAUAACAGCCUUCUGUUAAUAUGCCGAUAAAUAUUUCAUAAAUAACUUAAAAUUCUUAUAAAUUAGUGAAUGCUGGAACUGGUUUUGUAGUUGCAUACUCAACAAAUAAAAAGAUAUAUGUUUGGGGAAAUUGGCACUAAUUAAACUACGGCGAAGUUUUGAAGCUUUCUGAGAAAUAAGGUUUCACAGAAUAAAUUGACGCAUUUUAUUAGAUUAGUAGUUUAGAUAUUACUUAUAAUUUUUCUAUCAACAGAUAUAUGGAAUUAGAAAGAAGAUCUAGUCAUAUGCCUGUUCAUUAAGCUGAAGUUGUGUCACUAAAAUGCGUAGGUACAACAACUUAUCUUUUAACUCCAAGUAAAUUAUUUUGCUUGGGAUUGCAUCAAUAAUUUACAGUUUAGUUCAUCGGUAUAGCUUGCGGUUAGAAGCAUGUGUUGGCUUGGGAUGAGUAAGGUAAAGUGUGGAGUUGGGGAGACUUUUCGGAUGGAAAAUUGGGUUACAUGGAUUUUAAUUAGAAAGAACAAUUAAGUCCAAAAUUGAUUGAUGAUUUCUAAACGAAAAUAAUGUCUUGUGCUUGUGGUUCCAAUUAUAGCAUAGCACUCGAUGUGAAGGGAGAUAUUUAUGGAUGGGGUAAAGGUCCAUUUUAGAUCGAUUUAUCUAAGGCUGUCAUACCAUCCAAACUUUGUUAGAAGCAGAAGCCUUUUAUCAAAAUUAUGGCUGGGGAUUCUCAUUUUGGAGCCUUAGAUUUAUCAGGUUAGUUGUAUGGAUGGGGAAUAAAUGUCAAAAAUUGUUUAGGGGAUUUAGGCGACAAAGUCAGGUAUCCUUAAUUGAUAGAAUUAAACAAUAUCAAAGUAAUCGAUGCUGCAAUGGGUAGCACAUCUACUGUUCUUAUAGUUCCAGCUAAUUCAAAGUACAAAAUACCAAGUUUGAAUGUUGAUUCCUAUACUUCACAUUAAUAAAAAAGAGUUAGAGAGGAAGCUGCAUUUAUUAAAGAUUUUGCUGAUAAAAAGAAUAAGAUUGAUUAAGUAUAGGUGCCAACUUCGAAUCACAUAUUGUAUGAUACUCUGGAAUUACCCUCAAAGAAUACUUAAUAUGAAUAGACAGCAGGUUUAUUAAAGAAGAUGAAAAGUUAAGUUGAUUCUCUGAAAGGAGUUCCAAAGAAUAAAUGGAAUGCCAAAUCUUUAAGGUUGGACACUGAGAUGAUUAACUUUCAUACUCAAGUAAAUUAGGAUUAUGAUGAUGUGUAAUCCAAAUUAAAAUAAUUAGAAUAUCAAAAUUAUCUUUACAUUCCUGUUUGCAAUACUACUCCAACAUAAUCCUAAAAUUGGGAAUAGCGUUAAGACAUAGAUCAAUUGUUAAGUCAUGAGAAUGAUGUUUUGAAGUACUAAUACAUCCUCAUGGUUAAGUCGUAAGAUGAAUCCAAAUUUAUGAAGACUUUAUUGAAUGAUAACAAUAAGUAAUCAAUUGAAAAUCAAAAUUACUUUUAAUUGAACUCUAAGAUUUGCAAAAGAAAAAGCGAUUAUCUCAAUGAUAGAAAGAAGUAUCAUGAUAAAUUUGAUCAGUUUGAUCCUUAUUUUCUCCACACUGUGAAAAGGGAUUUAAAAGCAUUGUCAUAAAAAAGGAAAGAAAUAUUUAUAAAAAAGCAAAAGGUAAGAGAAGAAUUUAACAGGGAAAUAGCUGAGAAAAUGCAGUUAACAAAAGUACUCAUCCAAAAUAAAGAAGAAAUUAUAAAGGGUAUCUAAGCUUCAGCAUCUGAAAGAAACAUGAAGUUAAAAAUAGUCCAAUAAAAAAAGUAGGAUAAUUUUUUAGAGAAGAUUCAACAUAUUCAAUAGUAAAUCUAAGAAAAAUCACCAGAAUUUAGAUUCAAAAAAAGAUUAGAAAUAAUUAGAUAAUAAUAGAACAUGUAGGUUUUUGGGAUGAUUUUGACUUAUUUUAAUAUGGAAAAUAUUUAAUAAAUGAUGUAGGAUACAUCUCAAAGAGGUUUAGAGUUGAAACGAUUAAUGUUUAAAGAGCACAUGAAAGCUAGAGUCAUCUAAAAUACAAUUAGAAAAAGAAAUAUAAUUAAGAAAAUUAAAUUGAAAUUAGGUUUAAGAUAAAAGAAGAUUUUGUUAUCAUUCAUUUUUAGAUUCAAAAUUCAUUUUAGAAUUAAAUCUAAAUAUACAUAUAUUAGAAAAAUUAAUCUAUUUAAUCUAAAAAGUUCUUUAUUUGUUAAAUUUAGAAUCAACUUAUCAACAAUCUUGAUUAAAACAUAAUCACUUUAAAGUUUUUGUAGAUGGUAUAAUCAUAACUUUUAAGUUCAAUUGAGUUAUCUCAAUUAUAAAUGGGAUGAAUAUUUGAGAUAAAGUUUUAAAGGCUAAAUGACUGAAAAGGAGAAGGAAGAAUUAAAAUAAUUUGAAAUACCUGAUCUAAUGGAAAAACAGUAGAAUCUUUUGUAGAAAUUAACUACUCCAUAAAAGUAGUUAAACUGGAACGAUUUGAAAUUUCAAUUAAAACCAGUCUGUAAAGCUUCAGAAUUGAGAACAAACUUGUUAAGAAAAGUUAAAGCCGUUGUAUAAAUAGAUGAAGAAAUUAAAGACAUUGAUCCUAAAAUUCUUGGAAGAGUGUUCCUUCCAUAUACUAGAUAUCAUGAUAAUAUAGCUCUUAGCGUAACAGCCAAAAUAAGAUUUGACUAUCAAAUGAUGAUAUAGUUGUAAGUUCAUGAAAAAGUAUUCAUGGAAGAAUUAAUAGUAAAAUAUGAAAUUCUCACACAUCAUCUUGUAAAAACCAGAAGAGAAUUCAUUUUAUAAAUGAGAGAUUUCUAUACAAAAUUAAAUGAAUACAAAGAAACCCAUAGGCAAUAGAUAAACAUAGACAGGGGUAAACUAAUGAUGAGAUUUAAGGCUGAUGGUCCUGAAAUUAAAUAACUGAAAGCAAAGGAUGAUUAAGAUAUUAAAUUAAUUUUACUAAAAAGAGAACUUUCAAGGAGAAGAAAUGGAUAAAAUUCUAUAAUUUUUAAAGAUAUUAUUUUUAAUAAAAUUCGCCAAUUACCACAAGAUUAAUAACCUUUUCCUAAUUUAAUUUUAAAAUUAACUGAGAACAUGUGUUCUGACACAAAACCAAAAUUUAAGAUGAGAUUAAAUCAAAAUGAAUGGUCUAGGCUAUUUAAUUAAUAUCAAUCUGAACUCAAACACAGAUAUCUAGCUAUAAUGAAUGAAGCAAGAAAAACUGCAGCACUUAGAAUGAAGAAUUUAAAACAUAACAAAUUUAUUAAAAGGAAAAAGACUUAAAAGGCAGAAUAAUGA